GCCCCAUUAUCAUUCAUUUUCCGAUUAAUUUUAGAUAUAGCUAAUCAAUUGGGUCGGUCCGGAAAAAACGGGUAAACAAGUAUUGAGUAAAUCAACUCACGCUCUCAGCAUUUCGCCCUUUGAUCUCAUUAAAAAUGGCUGAGAUUGAACUUAAAACUGCACCAGCUGAUUUCCGCUUUCCAACAACAAAUCAAAGUAGACAUUGCUUUACACGCUACAUUGAGUUUCAUAGGUGCUUAGCAGCAAAGGGUGAUGGAUCUGCUGAAUGUGAGAAAUUCGCGAAAUACUACCGUUCCCUGUGCCCAGGUGAAUGGGUUGAUAGGUGGAAUGAGCAGAGAGAGAAUGGUAUUUUCCCAGGGCCUCUCUAAGUUAUCACAAUCUCAUGGAAUGUGACAUGGAAAUUCAUAAUGACAUUCCCGUGCCUCCCAAUAUUGGUUUUUUUUGUAUUGCUUGAAGACCAUUCCAUAAAUAAGCAGUUAUUUCCUUUAGUACUAUCUCAUGAAAUGUUAAUGGUUUUUACGUUGUAUUUUGAUGGUAUUGAUUGUUAAGAUUCGGUAAAUAUAACCAGGGGAUUGGGCAAAAUUUUAGCCAAAGAAAA